UUUUUUUUUUUUUGGAAUAUAAGGAGAAAAGGUGACUUGGUUUAUUUCAGUGUAACCCUAUAGAUAAUAGAGACAUUGGUAUAUUUUGCAUGAUUGGUUUAAAUUUCUUUCUUUUCUUUUGGAGAGAUAUCCGUAUCAAAUCACUGCGUCAUGAAUGAACAAGUAGAAUGAUGGCUGAAUAAUCUAAUUCUUACAAAUCAAGUGCGGUAUUUCAAGUAUAAAUUUGAUAAAAUUUUUUGUCUAUUUUUUUUUUUCUUUUUUCUUUUGUUCUUUAUGUCUGCUCACGAUCAAUUUACAGAAGACGAUGAUCUCGUCCAAGAAGAAUAUGUCCAAGAAGGAGAUGUUCAAGAAGAAGAAAUUCCUGAUAUGGUCAGUGGUGAACCUAUGGACGAUGAUGAAGACGAAGAAGAAUUUGAUGCUACAGAUGCUUUGGAAGGAUUUGAAGUAAAACCAGGCCAAGAUGAGGAUACGAUGGAAAUUGUAGAUGAUUCAGUCCAAGGUUUCUUUGAUCACCGUGAACCUGUUUAUGCGAUUGCCAUGCACCCUACCAGCAAUGGUAUUAUCGUCAGUGGUGGUGGUGAUGACAAGAGUUAUUUGUGGCGUUGUGAUACAGGUGAAAUGAUGCUCUGUUUAGAUGGCCAUACUGAUUCUGUCACGGAUGUUGCUUUCAGUUGUGACGGUAAAUAUGUUGCUUCUGCUGCCAUGGAUGGUAAAGUGCGUGUCUGGAAUGCAGAGACAGGUGAAUUCUGUGUGUCGGUGGAUGGUCCUGAUGAAGUGAUCUGGAUUGAUUGGCACCCUAAGGGUAACAUUUUAUUAGCAGGUGCUACGGAUUCGACUAUCUGGAUGUGGGCAAUGCCAAGUGGUAAAUUCAUGAAUAUCUUUAAUGGCCAUGCAGGUCCUGUGACUGCUGGUUGCUUUACGCGAGAUGGUAAGAAGAUUGUGUCUACGGCUGAAGAUGCUAGCUUUAUUGUCUGGGAUCCCAAGUCUGCUGCUGCUGAAUUCCGUCUAUCGGGCGACGAUGCUCGUUUCCAUGCUGAUCCCAUCACUUCUGUCUGCGUCAAUAAGGAUUCCACUUUGGCUAUCACAGGAGAUGCUUCUGGUAAAGCCAGACUGGUCAACAUCUUGAAUGGUCACAUUGUUGCUUCUUUAGAAAACCAUACGGAUUCUGUUGAAACCUCUUCUUUUUGUGAUGCUCUUCCCUUGGCUGCUACAGGUUCUGUGGAUGGUACUAUCUCUAUUUGGGAUGUUCAAACACAACGUCUUCGUGCUACUUUACAUCAUGAAGAUGCAGUCAUCAAAGUUAAAUUUGUAAAGAACUCUCCUAUGCUUGUGUCAUGUUCUGCUGACAAGACAGUCAAGAUGUGGGAUGCUCGUACCGGACAAUGUGUCAAGUCUUGGUCUGGUCACCGUGAUACCGUACUUGAUAUUGCAGUUGCAGAUGAUGGUAAUGUCAUUGUUACUGCUUCUGAUGAUGGCACUUGUCUUGUUUUCAGUAUGUAAAUUUUGUUAUAGAAUUCACAAAAAUAAAAAUAAUAAAAAAGAGGACUUUGAAUAGAUGUAAAAACUUUUUUUUUGUUUUCUUUAGAUCAUG